AUGAACAGCUUUUGGAAAGUAAAUUCAGUCUUCAGUUUUUUUUUCGAGAGAGCUUUUGAAGAGAACAUGAAGCUUCUCAACUCGCUGUUAGCGUCGGCCCUAGGGCAUCAAUUCGACAUAAGUCAAGAAACUGCAACCGCUUUUCAAGCAGCAGGGAUCGACACUUCGAGCUUCAGAAUCGUCGAAUCAUCCGCGUCAAAUGGGAUGGUUGGUCGAGGAAUCAACGCGUAUGCACAGCUCUGGCAACCGGUCGUGAGCGGAGGCCCGAUUACAGUUCCUUACGCUCUGCAUUUUUCGGUCGCCCAAUAUGCUGACAAUAUUCAACCCGCAAUGACCGCGCUGGAGAACGAUCUCGCCUGCUUUGACAUGCCCUACGUCGCCGAUCUCUCCACAACGACAUACGAAAACGGAAUCAUCUUCGUCUACAACCCUGAUUGGUGCUUUUCCGCACUUGGUCUUCUUCCUGGCUACUUCAAUAAUGAUGUCGGAAAAACGUCGGUGACGGAAUUCGGCGCCCCAGCAGGAUGGCAAGUCAUCAACUUGGAUACGGACUGUGCCCAAUCGCUGGAGGUUGUUCAGCACGAAGUUCUCCAUGCUCUUGGAUUUCUUCACGAACAAUCUAGGCCUGAUCGAGAUGACUACAUCAUUGUCUAUCCUGAGCGAACUACUCAACCAGGCCAAUGGGAGAUGAUGCUUCCAGAAAAAUGGUACGAUACAGGCCAUAUCUACGAGCCAAGAUCGCUGAUGUCCUACAGCUCCAAACAUUUCGCUAAAGACCCAAACAUAUGGGUCGCCACACUCAAAGACGGAUCUUUCAUCCAUGAUGGCCCAAGAAUCACCACAACUGACGCGCUCCAGGUGCAGCAACUCUACUGCGUUGACCAGGGUCUCUUCCCCGAUUUCGAGUACAAAGAAACGACAACUUGCCAGACUCCGGAUGAAGUAGGAGCGAUAAGAGAGGUGUUCAUAGAUCGUUUUUGCGAUCAGUGGCAGGAUUGCCCAAGCAACGAAGACGAAGACGGGACAAUCGUAGAAUGCGCUCCAAAGUAUUCAGCAACGCCUGCUGGCUGUUGUGGUGGAUUCAUUCGCACUGAGAGAAACCAGGAAUGUCUCCACAAUCCUGACAGAAAAUACGGCGAUAAAGACACUUGGGAUUGCGAAGGUGGAUACACGAUGCUAUUUUACAUGCCGUGGUGGUCAACAAAUGGCAGAGGCACCGCUCCAACCUGCACCACUGGUUCCACUGGCUCCAGCGGCCCUUCUAACGUCGUUGACUGCUCCACCACUACUAGAAAAUGUGCGGAAGAAUGCAUUAAGCAAGAGCUCGCUCCUGAAGGCGCCUUUGAAUGGAAUUGCAAAGGAAACAAGACCGGCAAGAACUGCUUUGUCAAAUGCGCCAACGGAGAUAAUGCAGGCAACUAUCGUCUCAAAUGCCUGAAGAAAAAUCCAAAGUAUUGGAAAGUCAUCAAGGGAACGAAACCAUCCUGCGGAGGAAGCUAA